AGAGAAGUAAAGUUGGUGACAGAUCGGUGAGUCACCGUAUAGCAGCCUUAUCCAGAGUCUUCUAAGCUAAACUCUUUUUAACCCUCCUUCAAAUCUUGUACCUUUUCAAUUUCAUCAUUCAUUUCUCGCCCCUUCAUCCUCUUCUCCGUCCUUAACCCCCGCGUCUCUUUUUUAUAAAACCUUUUCAAAUCUUUGUUAGUAGGUAUUAUUUUCUCCGGAAAAUCCGUCACUUUUCUGGGGAAAAUCUCAUUCUUUUCUUCACUCAAAUCCUAGAUUUAAGCAGCUAAAAACAAUUGCUUUUUCCAUUUUUGGGAUUUUCAUUUCCCAAUUCUGACCUUCAACGCUCGUGAUUUUAAAUAAUCAAGUUCUUUUUUGGUCAGCUGAAUUCGUUUUAGCAACAAUUCUUUCCUAGAUUGAAGCUGCCCCAAAAAUCUCGCGUUUCCCAUUUUCUAGGAUUUAUUUCCUUAAUUACUCCGUCAAAUUUUCUCCUCAAUUUAUUUAAUAGAAAAAUUCUUCUGUGUAAACUCUGAGAUUUUUGAUUGAAAUAAUUAUUUGGAGUAGAAGAGAUGACGAUUGUUUCAUUACCAGGAAGUUCAGGGUACUUGGAUGUUAGUAAUAGGAAAGUAGUGUCUUACUUCAGCAAUCCCUAUGUCUUGGGUUUGACUUUCGUUGCCGGUAUUGGAGGUCUCCUUUUCGGCUACGACACAGGAGUAAUAUCUGGUGCACUUUUGUACAUUAAGGAUGAAUUUCCCGAAGUCAAUCAAAGCAGUUUCCUACAGGAAACUAUUGUCAGUAUGGCGUUGGUUGGGGCUAUGAUUGGAGCUGCCGCUGGGGGCUGGAUUAAUGACUCUUAUGGACGCAAGAGAGCUACUUUAUCUGCUGAUGUUGUUUUCAUCCUAGGAUCUUUGGUAAUGGCAGCAGCUCCGGAUCCAUACAUUCUUAUACUUGGACGACUUUUAGUAGGUCUGGGUGUUGGGGUUGCUUCUGUUACUGCUCCUGUGUACAUUGCUGAAGCAUCUCCAUCAGAAAUUCGUGGGGGGCUUGUGAGCACAAAUGUAUUAAUGAUUACGGGUGGACAAUUUCUUUCCUACCUUGUGAAUCUUGCUUUCACAGAGAUUCCAGGGACUUGGAGAUGGAUGCUUGGAGUGGCGGGAGUGCCUGCUGCUAUUCAAUUCGUCCUCAUGCUGUUUUUACCUGAAUCUCCACGAUGGCUUUACAUGAAGAAGGAUAAAGCUGAAGCUGUCGCUGUUUUAGCUAAGAUUUAUGAUCCUUAUCGGUUGGAGGAGGAGAUUGAUCAGCUUGCUACUGCAUUAGAGGAAGAACGCCUUAGAAUGCAGGCUGUCAGUUACCUGGAUGUAUUUAGGAAGAAGGAGAUCAGACUUGCAUUCUUCGCAGGAGCUGGGCUGCAGGCAUUUCAGCAGUUCACAGGCAUCAACACGGUUAUGUACUACAGUCCAACAAUUGUGCAGAUGGCUGGCUUUAAAUCUAAUCAGUUGGCGUUGCUCCUGUCUCUCAUUGUCGCUUUAACGAAUGCCAUGGGUACUAUAGUGGGAAUUUACCUCAUUGAUCACUUUGGACGCAAAAAGUUGGCUUUGACAAGCUUAUCCGGUGUGAUUGUGUCCUUAAUUCUCCUUGCUGUAGCGUUCAUCCUGGAGUCUUCUAAUUCUAAUUCAAUCAAUGUCGGGGGAUACGGCUGGAUUGCUGUAAUAGGUUUGGCCCUCUAUAUUGCUUUCUUUGCACCUGGUAUGGGUCCUGUGCCAUGGACAGUGAACUCUGAAAUAUACCCAGAGUCCUAUAGAGGAAUGUGUGGUGGCAUGUCUGCUACUGUCAACUGGAUAUCCAACCUUAUAGUGGCACAGAGUUUCCUUUCCUUAGCGGAGGCUGUGGGCACGGGUGUUACAUUCUUGAUACUAGCUGGUAUAGCAGUGAUGGCAUUUGUGUUUGUCGUCGUGUUCGUGCCAGAGACCAAGGGCUUGUCAUUUGAGGAAAUGGAGAGGAUAUGGAAGGAGAAAGCUUGGGGCAAUGGAUCUGGCAAAGAUGCACUUCUUGAGGCCAGAAGCUGAUUAGAGUCUUUCAGCGACUUCAUGAUCAGUUGGUGCAGUGUAGCAGUUUGUAAAUUAUAUAAAAUAUAUAUUAUGGUAAUGUCAAUGUAAUGUGGACAAGGGGCCUUGCAACUGCGUUAUUAAAGCUUUGGUUGCAAGCUCCAAUCCCUAUGACGGAGGAAAUAUUUGGAGAGCUCUGUUGGUUAUGAGACCAGAGAAUUCCAUAUUUCCAUUAGACUGUUUCGCUUUUUGUAUAGUAAAGAUCUUCAAGUAGAGCAUCCGAACGUCUUUGGUCUGAGCUUCUUAAGUUGAUGCUUGUCUUUUUAAUUAGAGCCACUCAACAUCAGGCAGGAAUUACCUGUGGUGUUUGGGGGUUUGGCUAUAAACCUUACCUUGCAUGUUAUAUGUUAUUAAUAUAUCCAACAGGUUCACCUUU